AUGGCCAUUUCCAAUAUAGAUCAACGCAACGAUCGCCAUCCUUUCGACAGCUUGUUUGAUGAAGCCAGAAGAGGUCCAUACGGAUCAAUGCUGUUUCUCCUUAACGUAUCCUGCAAUAUGGCCACUAUUGGUGCGCUCAUCACAAUCCUUCGACUGGGAUUCGCUCUAAUGGCCCAGGAGGUAAUCAGCCUAGAGCCUCGGCCAGUAAAUACUACUGAUAAGAAUGCUACAUUUGGGUUCGCUCAUAGCUACAACAGGAGCCUGAACAGGGGUGUUAAUGGCGGUUUCAAGAGUGCCUGCGAGGAUGUCACUAUUCCGACAUUGAACACGAUGUUCUGUGUAGAAGAUACCGGCAAACCCCUCCCAGAGGGCGAAUUCCUACAUGAGUAUAGACUAUGUAACAUGACCACGCCAGGCGGUAUCAUGUUGUCAAUUCAACAGCAGUUCCCGUUUUUCCUGACAACAUUCCGAUCUAACACGACAGUUCCCACUCGAGAUGAAAGCAGCAUUGGCUCGAGAAGCACCAACCUCAUGAAAUUUGCAAUUUACCGAACUGAGCGAGACGAGGACUAUAUGCCCUUGGAUGCCGACAUCACGGAGUGCACCCUCAGUUUAGCUGCUUAUGAAUAUACAGGACCUAAAACAAAUGGCAGCGUAUUUUCUUUCGACAACAUUCAGAUGGUCGAACUUGAGUGGAGCAGACCUGCUUCGGAACAAGCAAUUCGUCGCCUUGUCAGUUCUCCUACCAAAACCGGCACACCUGAUUUGUACUUUGAUUGGAUUGACGAAAUGGCGUUGCAAGACUUUUUACAGUCGCCGACCUUUCUGCUGGAGUUUGUGGAAGGAGAAUCUGGUAGCUUGAAACAUGGAUUGAGCGCCGUACUUGGUGCUGAGGCGAACCUCUCCAACGCUUUCGAUAACAUGGCGACUAGUAUGACAGACUACGUACGAUCUGGGCCAAACAUGCAGUUAGCUACAGGGGUUAGAAUCGACACGGAGAUAUUUGUUGUUAUGUGUUGGUAUUGGUUGGUUGGGCCAGGGCUGGUAGAUCUGGCUUCAUUGUUGUUUGCUAUCGCUACGAUAGUUGGUGAUACCAGAAAGCAAAAGGUGCCUCUUUGGAAGUCUUCGGCACUGGUGCUUCUGGCUUGCCAGAAUGACGCGGAUGAAGGUGUCAUCCGAGGAACGUCUGAGAGUGUUACUGAGCUUGAGAAGAGGGCAAGGGCUUCCAAGGUUCGGUUGGAGUAG